AUGUCCACACGAAUCCCCCAUCUCCUCGAGCCAUACCUCCCUCUACCCGCCUCCUCUCUAACUCUCCUCACAUCCGUCCUUGGUGCUACGACGAAUUGGCUCCUCCUCCGGUACCUUGCGCAGCACCUCGCUCGUCCGGCGAGGGGCUCCGACGACGAAGACCACGAUGAAGAUGAGGUCGGUGGGAAGAGAAGAGGAGGCGACAAGGCGAUUGUUUUUGUUAGUUUUAUGAGGGAUUAUGCGUUUUGGAAAGAGGGAGCGGCGAGGUUGAAUACCAGCGUUCAGAUAGCAGACCUAAUCCUUUCUCUACGCGAGAAAGUUCACGCUUCCGUCCUCACACUGGCGGCCGACGAACCGCUGAUACACUCCCAGACUACGACCCUCGAACGCUCACAUGCUUCCCUUGCCCUCGCUACUGCGCAUGAAGCUCGUGUCGUGCUCUCCGUGCGGCGGUUAGAUACUGGUACUGCGACUGAUGUGAGCGGUGUGCUGAGAAUUACGAGGGGUGGUGCGUAUGAAGACGGUGAAGCGGAAGAGGGAGAGGAGGUGGAGGCGCAUGAGUACCUGUACUUCGUCGCCCAGGAUGGAGGUGUUAAGAUAUUCGAGAGGGGCCAGUAA